CAAAUACCACUCGUCGCAUCCUCGUCCGCUUCGUCCUCUCGGCUUUAACUGCUGCCUGUGGGCCUUGAGGAGCUGCUGCCACUGCAGCUGUCGAAGCCAAUCCUCUCUUCAUCAGCGGCUCACAGCUAGCGCUCGAUUGGCGUCGCCGCGUCCCACCAGCCGUCUUCUUCGCCCCCGCCGUGCCAAAUCCGGCGCACUGCCUGACCUCGCCUUCGCGGCCGUCUUUGUUUUGUGCUGGAAACCUGGAUUGCAGCCCCUACAUACAAAGGUGACGGCGUCAUCGCGCCCAGGUGGACUCCCAAGCUACCUGCCGUGCAGCCACGUUAGCAGCAUGGCGCAUGACAGGCAGUUGGGCGACGACCGAGACUCGUAUAGCUCAAGCACGCCAUAUCCUUUGGGCUACGACUACGACUACCUGCCAGAUCCGCGUCAGUACCAGGCGUUUCCAAAUCAAAGUCAGUCCUACCAGCCCCCCAACGUACCGCCCGGCUUGUCUCGAUCCUCGUCGAACGCGAAACGUUCCGCCGGCGACCCGCUCAGACCUCUGGGUGUCUACGAUGCCGUUUCCGAUGCGUUCGACAAGUCGACGGCGACGAACUCGUUACCUGAAGAUGUCAUCAGGCAGAUCACGGAGCAAAUCACCGAACAAGUUCGAUCUCAAGUCAUCGAUAGCUUGAAGAAGGAUGGGUACAACCCGGCUCCCCCGCCUGCCUCGGCACCGCCGCCGCACACGGCUCCGGUGUUUCCACCUCCUCCAAAGCAUCCGAUUCCAAAGCGUGAGAGUCCGCCGACUGCCAAUGAAACCCUCGGCAGCCCUCCGCCAAAAGCGAACAGUGGACGCUCAUCGCCGUCUUCCGCUCGUGCCAACGGUGCACCAUCUGAUCAGUCGGAGACAUACGUCAAGGAAACAAAUGCCAACGUCAAUGGGGACGGCAAGAUCGAAAUGAAGGAGGACAUCUCAUCAAGAUACGGUGACCGAUCAGAGGCAGAGAGCUUGCCACGAAAGCCCACGAUUCCUUCUUUGAAGCCGGACGAGGAGCCCACCACGCUCGAGAAAAUAUGGCAGCCCCUAUUUGAUUUCAAUGGGGAACCCACCGAACGACUUGGGCAGUUCCUACGUGGACUUGCGCUGCAUAUCAUCGAUGAUUACGAGCCGAAGAAAUCGCUCGUCAUCUCUCCUGCGAAACUCAAACGGUUCUACGAGGAUGUCAAAUUAGCUGAGGAGACGUAUCCGUGGCACAACAUAUUUCAGCUCAGCAACGCUGCGAUCGCUAAGAUUUAUCGUGACAUGAAAAUCGAGCAUUUCUACAUCCAGGAACGCGUUACGGAUCCGCCCGUCGUGCCUGCCAUGACCCCUGUCGGGUUUCAGAGGUGGAUGACAUUGCAGAUACAGGCGCACCCAGAGUCCGAAUUUCAACGCUUAGCACAAGCUGUGAUGAACAUGCCCAUUAACAACGCAGACAACCCCAAGGAACGGUUUCCCAAGGAGCUUUCACGACGUCUGCUUCCGAAAUAUGACGAUCUGAAGACCAGACAGUUCUGUAGCGCUGCUCUAAGUGCUGAUGGGCAAAUAACCUUGCCAAAACAUACGACUUUCCCCCCUCCUCCACCACCGGCGCAGCCUACAAACGAACAGCCCAAAUUUUACGCGGACAGAGAGUGGACAUCGUACGCUGCUCAAAGUACGCCCAACUUACACGAGUUUGCCAUUCAAAGUGAUACCGAUGAGAUGGACGAAGAAGCUCCCAAACCGCCCGUGCAGAUCGAGCGUGAAAGGAAACCGUAUGUUGCCAAGGAAGGCACCGGUAAAAUCUACGAAAACGACAGUACUUUCGCGUCACCUCGGACUAUGAGGCCUGAGGCUUCCAGCAUGAGCAACAGGCACGGGUCGAGUUCGAUAUAUGGCGAGCGAGAAGGCAACUACUCUGACAGCAGCAGAGCUAGCGACUACACCACCUCAUCUAUGCCACACCGGUCAAGAACGUAUUCGAAAUCUUCACGGCGUAGAAGCCAGACCUUCGCGGGCGGGUUCAUGAAAUCCGAUAGCAGCGUGGAUGGCAUCCCUCCGAGUCAAUACGCCUCCAACAUAUACUACAGCGAUCGCAAUGACGAGCGAUACCGCGACCACGAUAGGGAUCGAGAUCGAGACAGAGAUCGAGAUCGUAGCGAAAGGAGGGAAAGAGAUCGCGAUGAACGCGAGCGUGAUCGAGAUCGUGACCGAGACCGUGAUCGAGACCGUGACCGAGAUCGUGACCGAGAUCGUGACCGAGAUCGUGACCGAGAUCGUGAUCGCGAACGCGAGCGACGUGAGCGGGAAGCCAGAGAGCGCGAAAGGGAAUUUAGAGAAAAGGAGGAAUACUUGCGCAGAAUAGAUGAAGAGCAACGGAGAAUGUCCAGAUACGAGGCCGAACCUCCCAGCCGACGAAACACUGUAGAAAGUGGGUAUCCUGGUCCUGCGUACACGCAGUACCCACCUCCGCUCGGCACUGGCGAGAGAAGAUAUGGCUGAAAUUGUGAAAUUACCGAAGUGUCUUUUGCAUACCUUUUCUGACAGGGUUUGAAGGUUUUUACAGAGUGUUUGACAAGGCUCUUGGAAAAAUGAGGAUCUUCAAUGUUCCAGUGUAUACAGCAGAAUACCCUUUUUUGUAUGACAAACAAAUGCAAUAGCGAUAGCUAAGGUACCCGUCAUUUGAAGACGCAGUCAACACCAAAUGCAGCUACAUCACCUCGAAAA